AUGGACGAGACCUCUGAGUAUCUACCAGACAGCUUCAGUGUGGCAUUAGACAAUGCUGUGAGGAAAUCGUGGUCCGAACCACAAUGUGAAAGGGAAUCAUUGUUUUUACGGGAGUCACCCAUGGGAACUCCAACCAACCAUAGUCUUCAAGCAUCAUCAUCUAGCUCCAAUUUCUCUUCUAACAGGCCUGAAUUUUCUCCUCGAGACGAUAGACGUGUUGAGGACACUAUUGGUUAUUACCCAGUGGAGCGUCAUUACUCUUUGACGGAGAAUACUGAUGAGUCCAUCAGUGAUAUAUUCUUGGAUCUAGACUUAGGUAAGCAAGAGCUAACUGAGUCCGAUGCACAUAUGAGGAGACCCGUACCGCUAAGGCGAAGCUCCAUACAAGAUGUUCAACGUGUUAGACAAUUAUUGAAUCCUCGAAGUUCAUUCUCAGGUGCCUCGUCUCAAGAGCCUCAAUUAAUUAUCAAUUCUAAGCUGGGAUGGAUUACGAUACUACCAGACGAUCACCCUGAGUUUAUUACUCCAAUUAUCGUUUUAAACAAGUCACUACUGGCGGUAAACUCAAAGUAUAAACUAUACGUUUUAUAUGGGGGAAGCAUAAAUGUUGAAAAGUUGGUGAAAGCAGGGCUGGAAACGCUAAAUUAUCGCAGCUAUCUGUCUGAGGAAUUACUAGAAUCUAUGCACUCUAGUUCGAGAUUAAUCCUGUUCAUUAUGUUGGAAAAAAUCUUUGAUCUUGUAUGCUAUCUUUCACCCACAAGCAUGGUACUGGAAAAUGUAGACCAACUUUUGGACAGCAAAGAGAUAGCUGAAGAGAUUGAUAAUGAUACCUGUCUAUUACUGUCAAAUGAACUACCCAGUACUACUGAAAAUGAUGAAGAUAUACAGGUUUUGAUCUUGAGACCUAGUAGCGAAGUCGCUAUGUGUAUCACAGAAUUUUUUACUGUCUAUGGGAAAGAUGAAGAAGACCGAAGAGGUAAAAUUGCGUCGAUGAAUGAUUGCGACGUUUUGAGAACUCUGUUCGACGAAACAUGGGCUCAUUUAACAUCACGAGAAUAUUCUUAUACAUUAAUGCCAAGCAUAAAUGAAGAAAUUUCAACUUACUUCAAGAUAGUAAAUUUUGGGCUUUUAAAACCUUGGGCGUCUGGUGCAGGCUGUGACUCUGAAAAUGCAACAAAAGCAGUCCAUUCGACAUUGUUCAGGCUCCUCAGGAUCUGGAGAAACUUCGCCCGCUCCAGUGAGGUUGCGGAUACGUAG